ACCUUAGUCUUUCCAAACACAAAUUUUUCAGGUGAUUGGAAACAAAACAUGAAUCUUGUUUGAAAUUAACAAAUGUUUUUAUUUACUAUAUAACUUUAUUUUUAUUUGUAUAUUGUGAUCCAGAAUCAAGGAUUAUUAGUGAUUUUAGUGUGUCACAGGUUUCCUGUUGUCAACAAUAAAAAUGUCUGAUGUUUGGGAUAUAAUGAGUGGGAUAUCAUCUCCCCAUCAGUCAACAUUUUCAUCAUCAUCUGUUCAACAAGGAGAUAUGAAAAAACAAAAAAUGAAAAAAAUGAAACCUGAAGGAAUGACUAGAGAACUUUUUGCUCUUCUUACCGACGAUAACAAUGACUGUGCACCGAUAGUUAGUACAGAUUUUAGUCCAGCUGGUAGUCUCACUGGUGGUUACAAACAAAACAAGGCUAAAUUAGGUCUUAAAAAGGUCCGUCCAUGGAAAUGGAUGCCUUUUGCUAAUGCCAGUAGGACCGAUGGCUUUAAAUUACACCAUUGGAGAAGAGUUGCUGAUGAAGGAAAAGAAUAUCCAUUUGCUAAAUUUGCUGCAAAAGUUACAAUACCAUCUUAUACCGAAGUUGAAUAUCAACAACAUCUUCAAACUGACAGUUGGUCAAAAGCCGAAACAGAUCAUCUUUUCCAUUUGUGUAAACGCUUUGAUUUAAGGUUUAUUGUGAUUCACGAUAGAUGGGAUAGAUUGACAUUUCCAUUACCGCGUAGUGUUGAAGAUCUCAAAGAAAGAUAUUAUAGUGUUGUCAAUACAUUAAAAGAAAUACGAACACCACCUGGACAAGAGCCUAAAUUAAAAUAUUUUGAUGCAGAACAUGAAAGGAGAAGAAAAGAGCAGUUAACAAAAUUGUAUGAAAGAACAUCAGAACAAGUUGAAGAAGAGCAAAAAUUGUUGGAAGAAUUGCGUAAAAUUGAAAUGAGGAAGAAAGAAAGAGAAAAGAAAACUCAAGAUUUACAAAAGUUGAUUGCUGCAGCAGAUAAAAAUUCCGAUGGCUCUAAAGCAGAUACUCCAGGAGCAAAUAAAAAUCCAGGUCCAGGUCGUCCCGGUCCCGGAAGAGGAAGAAAGAAAACUUCUCAUCUCAAACUUAAUGCUGUUGGUAAAGGUUCAGAUCCAUCUACUCCAAAUGCAACAAAUGUAUUGGAGUCUGUAGGAAUAAAAUUCCCUGAAAUUAAAUCGAGUGGUGUUAGUUUACGCUCACACAAAAUGAAAUUACCAGGAUCAGUUGGAACUAAGAAGGCAAAAGCUAUUGAGCAACUUCUAAUUGAAUUGAAUGUUGAUCUUAAACCUAUGCCGACCGAAGAGAUUUGUCAACAUUUCAAUGAACUUAGAUCUGAUAUGGUCUUACUUUAUGAACUUAAAAUGGCGCUUGCUUCAUCAGAAUUUGAAUUACAAACACUUAAACAUCAAUUUGAAGCUCUUGCACCAGGUAUUGCAACGCAAGUGAUCCCAACAAUUGAAUCAGCUUUACCAUCAUUGUCAACUGGAGAUGAGGCCACAAAUGUAUCUUCAUUUUUGGAGACACCUAAAAAAAUAUCUGAGAUAAUCGAUGUAGAUUCUGGUCCAGGAUCAUCCAUACGUAAAAGGAAAGCUGCUCUUCAACAAGAACACCUUUUAAAGAAACUCAAGAAAACUUGAUUUACCUUAUAAAAUCUCUGUUAUAUAAUGGUCUGAGCUGUUCAUUUAUGAAAAGUUUUGUUUAUUAAUUGUACAUAUCGAUGUCAUAUUUUUCAUUUCAUAAAAUAAAUAUGUUAAGAGUUUGA